GGUCUUCUCUACGUCAAUUAUGGCAGUAAUCAAUAUGAGUAUGAAACUUCUGAUAGACACAGAAAACCUCAAGAUGCUUUUUGCUGAAGCUGACAAGGACUUCAUCGACUUCCUCUUUCACAUUCUCCGCCUGCCACUUGGAACUAUCAUUCCUCUUCUGAAAAAUCAAGGGACAGUGGACAGCUUUGGAAACAUUUAUGAUAGCAUUGAAAAUUUAAGUACUACUUACAUUCAACCAAACGUGAACAAAGAGACUCUCUUGAAGCACAAAGUGCACAUCUCUGGCGGUACUGGUGAGGUCCCUCUCCUAUUGCCAGACAUUGAAUCAUCAUCAACGUCCAGGAAAUUCUAUAGGUGUUCUAGAAUCCAAAACAGCAACUGUUACGGAUGUGUGGCUGACAACUGUAGUGCAUUAUGCCCUUAUUGCCAGGGUUCUAUGACCAGCGAUGUAAGUUUUGUAGACCCACCAACCACAAAUAAUACGGUCUCUAGUGAUGGAGGAUACGUGAAAGGGGUGGUUACAUACAUGAUUAUGGAUGAUCUGGAGGUGAAACCCAUGUCCACAAUUUCCAGUAUCACCCUGCUUAAUAAGUUUAAUGUCAAGCAAUUAGGGGAUCUUGAGGAGAAAGUGGUUGAAUUGGGCAUGGAGGAGGGUGUAAAAUUGCUCAAGGCUUCUCUGCAGUCGAAGAAUGUCUUGACUGAUGUCUUCCUCCCAAAGCUGGAACAAGAAGUUAACGUAGAGACUGAAUUUCUAGGUGCAAAAGUUGUGUAGUAUUCCAAAAUGUUUUUUGUUGCAAAGAAGUUUUAAAUCUCAGUCUAAGUGCCUGAAGAUGACUGAGGGCAUAACGCAACUAAACUGCCUCCCCCACCAACUC